UUGUGUUACUGCAGCGCUCGACUGCCUUUUGAAAGUUUUGACAUGUACACAAGGACCAAAUAAUCACGAAACAUCAUUUGGGCUAACACUCAGCUGGGUGUCGCUUGAUUCCCUCUCCAGAACUCAGCGAUCGAAAGUCAGGUCUGAUGAGUACCAAAACGAAAGAUCUUGGAGAGAGUUUUCUGCUAGGUGGAGAUCUUCUCGGGGAAUUGGACGAGGACAGCGAUAGCGACAGCUUGCUGGCGGACGAAUUGCGAGGAAUGUAUCGGAACAGGUUGAAAGACAUGGAGGAAAUAGGGGAGAAAAGAGAAGAGGCUCACAGGCAUCAACUCCAGUCCCUACAGUCCUAUGUGAAUGAACUCAGUGAUCAAAAUGAGAUCCUGGUACAAACUGUUGAGGAACUAGAGAGAGAAGCCAAUGACAGGGUGGCAUUGAUGGAAAAUAAACUCCAAAGAACAACAUUGUCUCUCAAGGAUUACACAUCAAGGGCAAGUGAACUGGAUGUCCAGGUCGAAAAGCUGAGCAAAGAGAAGAAAGAUUAUGUGGAGGAGAUUAAGGCCUUGAAAGAGGAGCUAAACAUAACAACUCAACAAUUAGCUCACCUUGAGACACGACAUGAAGACUUGGAUUAUGACAUUGACAAUCUGGUCAACCUGAUUGGUACAGCACGAGCCACAGGGAAAUGGGAGUUGGCAGGGUUAGACUUGAGGACUGUAUCACUUGAUUCCAUUUUGGGUGCUCAUGCAGCAGCUUCUAAGGAGUUGAGAGAAGGAGAAAAAAGACUCACAGAACACAUCCAAGAGUUGAAGAAGCAGUUAGCUGCCAGAGAUCAAAUGAUUCAAAGAUUGCAGAAAGACCUGAAAGGAAAAGAACAGAGCAAUCUUGAACUUGUGGACUCUAAUGCUCAUGGUUAUGAAAAAGUCGGCUCUUUUGCCGGGGAUGCGAAGUCGUUUGAUACUUAUGCGGAGGAAUGCUCUGGCAGCAUGACUCAGAAAGACGUGCUUAUUAGGAAGCUGAAGAACGACCUGGAGCACUCGAGAAAACAGCAGCAAAGUACGACUAGAGAGUUAAGAGAGUGUGAGCUGUCUAUAGCGCGCCUACAGGGACAGAUUGGUAAACUACAGGAUGAACAGGCUCUAAAACGUUCAGACGUUGCUGCUAAAGAUCAGUCUUUGAGGGUAUUGGAACAGCAGCAGGUUGGCAAUAAAGUAAAGGUUGCAAGACUCGAAGAAGAAAACCGUGAACUUAAAACACAAGUCCAGGCAUUAAAAGACUCAGAAGGAGGCAUUCCAUUGGAUCUGUCCCGGGAGUUUGAACAACGAGUUAAGCGACUGGAGGCUGAAUUGGAAGUGGCUGAAGAUCAGCGACGUAAAGCUGCCCAGGAAGUGAUCAAACUACAAAGUCAACUGAGCGAAAGUCAGCAUGCUGCCAAGGGACACAAAGAAGUGUUGGUCAGCGAGCUGACUUCAAGGGAUUCCGAGCUUGACAAUAUGAAAGACCGAUAUAAUGCUGCUAUUAAGGAGAUCCAACAGUAUGAAAAAGAGAUCCGGGAGCUUAAAUCGCAGCUUGACAACUGCACUUACGAGCUGGAGAAGAAUAAAUUUCACAUUCAGCAACUGGAAGGAGAUGUUGUGAAGUGUCGCGAGCAAGUUGCACGUUCAGAAGAGGAAUCCAGAGCGGCCCAGAGAGAGAUAAAACGACUGCAGGUGGCUUCUAAUGAUCAGAGAGACGCACUAGCAAAUGAGGUGGCCGAGCGCCAUGAUACCAUUUUAACGUUAAAGACGGAACUUUCUGCUUUGGAUAAUAAACACAGAGAAGCAGUCGCUCAGCUUUCACAUCGGAAUAAUGUGAUUUCAAAGCUCCGAACUCAAAACAAAGAGAUGACAGACUCGAUCGAAGACUACAGUCGUAAACAGGCAGAGCUGGAAAGUAAACUAAAUGUUGCUAAUAAAAGGUUAUCUGACCUGGAAAAUCGGUUGGAGAGGAGUCAAAAAAGCAGCCUAGAAAAGUCUGAUCAUCUCGGGAAAAUGGUGGACGACAAAGAUAUAGAAUUGCGGGAACUUAAGAUGGCUCUCUCAAACUUAAAAGAUCAGCAUGAACAAGCUCAGUCCAAGGUCUCCCACAGGGAAGAGGCUUUACAAAGACUUCAAGUGCAGCAAAAAGAUUUUGUAGACGAGGUGUCUCGACGCGAAAAAGCCAUUCAAAAGCUUGAACUGGAGCUUCUAACAGCGCAAGAAAACCAUCGAAGAGCACUUGAUGACAUCACGAGACGUGACGACACCAUUCAGCAGUUAGAGGGAGAUCUGGAGGGCAGCAGGAAACAGCUGAAGGAUGCGAUUGAAGAGAAAGGAAGACUCGAAGCUAAAAUUCAAGCUUACAAGAUCUCUACCCAGAGCGAGCAAGACGUGUUGGCAGAAGAGGUCGCCAAGAGAGAAGAAGCUAUACAUAAGCUUAAGAUCGAAAAGUUGUCUCUUCAGGAACAACAGCAAAAGGCUGAAGAUAAUGUUCGAGAGCACGAACGAGCUGUUGAGAGACUUCGACAGCAAUAUGAAGACUGUCUGCAAGAUAUGCAGCAAAGGAAUACAGCAGUAGUCGACAUGGAGGCCAAACUGAACGACAUGAAAUCUAAGUCCGAAGAAUACACCGAUAAGCUCGAGCAUUACGAAGACACCAUCCGGGAACUCAACUUGAAAAUGACGUCACUUCAAGGCGAUCGAGACCAGAGGGAACACGAAGCUGAAAUGAAGGAGGACACAAUACAGCACUUGGCCUCAGAGAUGGAUGAGUUACAGGAACAGCACAGAGAUGUUUUGUCGAAGAUGUCUAAAAGGGACGAAAUGAUAGAUCGCCUAAAGUCUGAAACUUCCUAUCUGAAAGAUCAACAAAGAGACAAAGAACGAGAGAUCUCCCAGCAACUCGAUGUGAUCAGUCGACUGGAACGAGACUUGAAUGAAAGCAGUCGAGAACUUGAGAAUCUGAAAGAGAAAACAGCUGAUGAUGUGGCCAGAAGAGAUAAAAGAAUUAAGCAGCUUGAAGAGGAGUUCGCCGAAACACAGCAACAGUAUACCGAAUGUUACGACGAGCUUGUUCGGCAAGAGGAACUCAUGGCAAAAUUACGUGAUGAGAUAACGUCACUACAAGAAGAUGUGUCAAGGUCGAAUGAUGAGGUGGCAGAAUCGGAAGAAACUAUUCGCAAAAUGGAAAUGGAGCUUGCCAUGUCACAGGAAAAACACCGCACAUGUACACAGGAGGUGGCGAAACGCGAUGAGACAAUCCUGAGCCUGCAGUCUGAACUGGACGCCACUCAGCAGGAAUACGAGACUUGUAGCAGUGAGUUGUCAGAGAGAGAACGAGAAGUAAAAGACUUGAGAGGAAAACUCAACAAACUGGAAGUAGAGGUCGAGUCGCUCAAAACGCAACGUGAAAGUGACGAGAACAAGAUCGCAUGUGAUGAUAAGGAAAUACAACAAUUGAAGACAGACAAAGUACGACUGAUGCACGAGGUCCAACAACUUAUGCAGACUGUUGAGCAUUUAGAAGGAACCAUGACAGACACAGAGGCAGGACAUUCAUCGGAGAUUAAACGGCUUAAUGCAGAGAUUGAAACACUGGGGGCUAACCUUACUGAAGUAAUGCAGAAAGAAAAUGAUACCGCUAACCAGCUCCAAGAAGAACGCGAGAAAAAUAAUAAACUGACCCGUGAGCUGCAACACAACCUAAAACUGAACGAGGAAGCACUUGAAGAGAUUAAUCGUUUAGAGCAAACUGUCCGUAGUCAAGAAAAAGAUAUGACAGAAACAAGAAACCAGGCCUCAAAUCUGAAAGAAAAGCUCAAGGAACUGGAAUCGCACAGCCAUCAACUACAGAAAAACGUCAACUAUUAUAAAAGCCAGUUUAAUCAAAGUGUUACUCAGGUCAAUCGAUGUGAGGCUAUGAUCAAGAACUUAGAGAAAAGUUUGAAAGAGGCGCAAGAGCAGGCGGUGAAGUGCGAAGAAGAAAUAAACCAGCAGUCUCAAGAGCUGACAGUGCUGAGACAGAAUUAUGCGAGUGAAACGGAAAAGACUCAAAAGCAGAACAACGCAAUGGAAGAGCUUGAUAGGGAAUUACAUCUGGCAAAAGACGCCUGCCUCAGAUUAAAAAGCCAGGUUUCCCAUUGUGAAGAGACAAUUCACAAUUUGAAGCAAAAACUCGGCGACAAACAGAAAGAGGGCUCUAUCCAAGAGGAAAGAUCGAGGCAUCUGCAAGAAGAUUUGAAUGCUUCAAAAGAAAAGUACGAAAAAUCGCUGGAAGAGGUAAAGUCAGUCAGGGAUUGGUGUAGAUCUCUUUCGAUCCCUUGAGAUCUUAAGAUUCGU